AUGGCCGCUGGCCGCAGCGACUGCUCGCUCAUCAUCCGCUGUCUUAAAGCGUUCGUUUGGCUUCUUUUGCGUCCUAUGUUCUGCUGCCCUUGUCUGCACCCUCUUGCAGCUGCCGCUUUGCUUCGCCGCCGUCUCCUCUUUUCGCCUGCCGGAGACUUAGCUAGUUUCCCCCCGGCUUUGGUCAUGAUGGAGCCGGCCGAUGCUGACAAUGAUGAGCCGCUUCCGGAUAGACUGGAGGCAGCGGUGGGUAGCAUCACAGUCCUCCCACGGCUCACUGGUAUCCCACUUGGUCACGACUGCUCGUGGAAGGGCAGUCAGGUCUCUCGUCUGGCAGCUUUGCAAACUGGUGGCAUUGGGAGGGACAGGUAUGCCUGGGGAGCGUGGUGGGCGGAGGCCAUGUCGGAUCUUGGAGCAGACAUUGCUGCUUUGACAGAAACCCGUAUCGAUGGAGCCUCCGCACACAACGCUGCAAUCAACGGCAUGUGGGAUGCCGGAGCGGAACUCGUCACCACUCUGCCCAGAGCCAGGGACACAGAUGAAGAGCUCCUUUUGGGAAAAAGGGGCACUUUUCUGGAUCGUCACUCGGCAGCGGCGGAAGACAUCCUGCUUAAACUGGACAAGCUCCUACAAGGAUUCUCAGCGCGGCGUUUCAGUUGGGAUGAGCUAAUAUUGGGAGCCCAAGUAUAUGCAGCAGGGUACCUCAACUACGCUCCUUUGGUGGGGAUGCCCCAUCCGCAAGCUCUACACAGACACGAUUCUGCGGUUCAACAACAUCUCCUUCGUGCGCUUCAUGUACGUUCAUCGGCGGAGCGUGUGGGGCUCUUGGCAGCGCGGUCCGUUGGGGGCCUGCAGUUGUUCUCGGCGGUGGAGGGAUCAUUGGCAUCGGUGGCGGCAGAAGUUAUGCGAUUGCUGUCCUCUCUGUCCCCGGCUGGACAAUUAGCUAGGGACGCUUUAAAAGAGGCGAUGUCCAUGGCGCCGGAGGCGGCAGAGCAAUGCGACUACAUGAUUGUACGUGCACUGCGACAUCUAGCUGGCUACGGUAUCUUUGUCAACUCGAGUAUGGAUCGCACUGUUUGCAGAAUUCUUGACCAUCUAGCAGAUUUGCAGGAGCACCGACCUCCUGGCCUCAUCGGACCUUUCGAACAACGCAAGCAUACCAACAUGUUGCCCUAUUGCAGAGUGGGUCGCCUUGCUAACGCUGUCCGUUCCUGUCUGCUCCAUUUCCGCAACAAUGGGAUUGCGGACACUGAAUGGGGAGACCCUGCACAUUGGUUUCACCUGCCGGCGAAUUGUCCGGCCUCACCGCAGCAAUGUGCUGCUGCUACUACUGCGAGCCUGGCACGUUCCUGUGCCGACUGGGCCCUUGAGUGUGAGCUCUUCGGGGUGCAUCAUUUGCCGAUUGCUGAAGACUGGUCUGCGGCAGCCUGGGAGCAUCCACAAGACCCCAGUAAUGACCUGCGAAGCCAACACCUGGAUAGCAAACAGCAGAUUCUACCCAACGUCGAUAUUGGCCUUUUUGCGGACGGCGGGGCCAACGGAGAAGCCACCGUGGCUGCAUGCCAGGCGAGAGCCUUCGCGGGUCCUCAUUACUGGAACACGGCUUCGGCAGCAGGCCCACAACUGGCAGUGCGACUCCCUGCUAGGUACGGUUGGGAGCACACCACGGUCCACACUGCUGAGCUAUUGGCCAUGCUUGCUGCUCUCCGUUGGCGUCGUCCUGGUGCUUGGAACCUCCUAGUACUGGAUAGAGCCUCACUGUUCCCCUUAUUGCAGCAAAAUGCCCACAAACAGAACAGAAUCCUUUCCUCCCCAUGCCUUCAUUUGGUAUCCCGGGUACACACGGUCACCGGGGAACUUUCAAGUGCCUGGCGGGAUCAUGCCCCUACGCCGCUCUGGAGAGCGCAUCAGCUCACUGCUCCCGAGACCUGGCACGUUCAGGGCAAUGUACAAGGCCGUUCGGCGUCGCUUUGCAGUAUCCCUUUUCUCGAUUUUGGCCUCGUUGGUGUUCAUGUUCGCAGUCAUCAAGCCAAUACCACUGCCCCGGCGCCCGUCAUCGUGGAGGGCAAUGAGAGACAAGACGAAGGUUGUCGUCACGCCUACCGUCUGCCGCAGCCGCCGGAUGUUUGGUGGCCCUCCAGUGGCUUAGCAUUCCAACUCUCAUACAAGGGGCGAGCGGUCACGGACACUUGCCGCAACUUCACUCGCAAACUCCUCCGCCAAGAGGCAAAGGACAAAUGGAAACUUCGCCCUGUACAGGGUAAGAUUGCUUCAGUUUCCGGUGCCUUUCUGCCAGGACUGGACUUGCGGUUGUAUGUUUCCUUUACAGUGCCCAACCACUGGGCACGUUGGCUCCUACCCAGCGAUCGCCGCACUGUGGAUCUUUCCGCUUUCGCCUACAGAUGCUUGCGUGCCAUUGGCGGUGGCUGGACAGAAAGACUGCACUCCGAUACGAGGUUGCAGAAGCUAGCUCUUUGCUGGGCCGACUUUGCCAACACCUCUGCCAGAACGUGCCCGCUAUGCCUACAGCUCGCUGGAACACCUCGCCACGUGGUUAUGUCAUGCCCUGCCAUGCGCCCUAUGGUCCACCACUUCCUGGACGAUGUCGAAGCUGAGCUUGUUCGCUUCGGUAGUGCUGCACAGCACUCCCUUGAAGCCGCUAGACGCCUGCCUGCCUCCCCCAAGUCCCCCACCCCGGAAGACGCCACGCGCUGGCCCAUCCUGACUGCUUGGAGGUGGCUAGUGCCCAUGCGAACCGAAAUCGCGGAUUUUGCCGCGGAUGCAGCCGGGAGUAGUGCAGUACCCACUCGGAUGGAAUCUGGUACUGAUCUGGCCUAUCGUGGAGUCCUUCCAGCUGCAUUGGGACGCUUCAUCACACGUACAGCCACUGCAGCUUCCAAUGACGAGCCUGACGAUCCGGACCCCCUGGCUGAUGAGUCCUUUAGUUCCUCCCGAGACAUGCAUGGCGCUUCGGAGGAUGUAGCGCGCAGCCUCAGCAAGCUUACAUCCGUCGCUGGGGCGGGGGUUAGCGUCCUUCGCUUGCUAUUUCUACGUGCUGAAUACCUCAAGCGCAUCGCUGCCUGGGCGGAUUGGGGGUACUCAGAGAGCUGCGCUGGCUUGCCCCUCCAGUGGAAGUCGCCCUUGCCAGACUUCGUGGAGCCUGUCGUAUACCAGGGUAUCGGCCUUCUGAUGCUAGGCUUCGCAACAUGUUGCUUGCUGCUGGUGUUCCCUCCACUCAGCGGGACAAGCUUUCCUGGAUGGUCGAUGGUCUGCCUUGGGAAUUGGCACGGGUGCAGCUUUCACAGGUUUGUCAAUGCCCGCGCUUACUGCCUGCCCCUCUCAUCUCGUGCUGCAUCACCUGUCGUGGAGCCCAGAUGCAACCUGCAGUUCCAGCUCGCAUGUGCCCGUGGUGUCGCCAGGACUCGGCAGUACAUUGCCAAGCGUGCCCCGGUGAUACUGUGCCCAGACUGUCACUGGGCCUGGAUGCGGGCGCGGGCGGCACUUCCUUGGCGACAAGCGGGGCUAGAGACGCCCUCUGCCUUAACCGCAUUGGUGGUUGACCUCCGCGGUCGCUGCUCCCCAGGAGCUGGUUUGCACAGCAGCAAGGUGGCAUCCACUUUUCGGCAACGCCUCCGGCGUCACCUUCGCAGGUGGCUCUCGCCAGAAUGGAAAUCCCUGGAAGAAGCGUUGCGCAGCUUCCGCGUCCUCUGUCAGCCCGUUGUGCUUGACGACGCGAGCCUGCGUGCGGAACUGACGGUGGCGGCGGAUGCCUUGGUUCGCUCCGGCAGUGCGCUCAAACAGCAGGGAGCGGUGAUGCCGUUUGCGUUAGGCCAGAUCUUCGGAUCUAGGUCGUCCUUCCACUCCACUCCACUUCAGCCUUCAGACCUUGUUGCCGAGCCACCGGCAAAACGCGCACGACAGAUGCCUGAGAGUGGGGAGUGUUUCAGGGUUGCUAUUUCUUCAAGGGCCUACGACAGUUAUGAGGAAAAGGAAGAGGCUCAAUGGCGACGUGCUCUUGAGAAGUGGCUGGUUAUACUUACUGAGUGCCCUGGUUCGUCAUAUAUCGGAGAAACAGUUGCCAUCCAAAAGACUGAUGACGCAAUUGAAACUUUGCGUGAACUCUUUGGGCGAAAGAGUGGCAGUACAGUCAUGAAAAGGGGAUCGGCCCUCAUGGGAUACCUCUCAUGGGGGCGAAAGGAAUGCAGGGGCGGUGACCUGCUCCCUUUCAAGUCCUCGCAUCUGGAUGGAUACUUGAAGCACCUGAAGAGCGAGAAGAGGCCUGCCGGGGCCUUCACCAGUUUCCAGGAGUGCGUGAAUUUCGCCAUACAUGUUGUCGGCAUUGCUGUCGACGAGUCAGUCAUAGGACCGAAGCAAAGCACUGUGUGGAGCCAUUGGAGUAAAGGCGUCAUAGGUCAGGCACAGCUGACCAAGGCAGAGCGGAAGCAGGCCACAGUUCUGCUUGUGGCAUACGUUGCAGCCCUGGAACGUUUGCUUGAAGAUGAAUCUGUUAACAGCUUUGAUCGUUACGCCUGCGGUGCCAUCUUGUUUGGGAUCUUCUCUCGGAGCCGAGUGUCGGAUUUGAGAAAAACAUUCAGUUGGUUUCUUGACUUCAGUGAACUUGCAAGUGGAGGCGAAGGGUUCAUCGAGUGCAAGACGCGAGACCAUAAGACUGCCAAUGCUGUGGCGCAUACAGGUUUCAGCAUGCCUUUGGUUGCACCUGCGCGAGGAGUUACAUCUUCAGCAUGGGCUGUGACGUGGGCCAAGGUUGCAGAGGAUGUCGGUUUGGGUUUUAGUUCCACCCGAGUAGGACCCGUGCUUCCUGCACCUGAUCAAAAGGGGGGCUGGACUCGACGAUGUGUCGAUUCGGGAGAGGUCACCAAGUGGAUGCGUGCGUUACUUGACAAGGCCGGCUGUGAUGUGCCUGAGUCGUCGACUUCGCAUGCCAUCAAAGGGACUUCUUUAAGCUGGUGCUCUAAGUUUGGAAUGGAUAGGCAUACCCGCCUGCGCUUAGGACAUCAUAGCUCAGGCGACGGAUCCUUAGAUUCUUACGGGCGCGACAACCUUGCGCCAGCCCUCUUGAAAUACACAGAAAUGUUGGGAAGCAUCAGGCGAGGUGUGUUCAUGCCUGACUUGAGCAGAUCGGGACGGUUUGCUGAUCGUCCGAUUGUGAAAGUCGAAGUAUCAGAGGAUGAGGCUGCAUCACCGAGUUUGCCUGCGUUUGGGGCUUCUGAUGAGGAGGGAUCGUUAGGCAGGACCACUGAGUCGUUCGAGAAGGUCGAUGCUGUUGCCACUCCUUUAUUGGGGUCUGAAGCUUGCGGAGAACAGGUUUGCGAGAGUGAAUCGAGCGACAGCUCGAGCGAGUCGGAGCCUGAGUCCGGUGACGAAUGGGUCAAGGGCGAAGACUUCCGACAUCCAGCGAGCAAGCCUAGGAUCAUGGGCUCGCUAACGGAAUCCACGGCGGCUUUCGCGUCAAGGGCGAAAGAGAUUGGCUUGACCCAAGCCAAUGUGGCCACGAUGACGGGGACCGGAGUGGAUACGCUCUCCAAAUUAGCUUUUGCAACAGUACCGCCGGGCCAGUCUCCGAGCGAUGAUCAGGUACAGCGGCUCUUCGGGGCUGUGCCCAUCACGGCAGGGACGAUGGCUGCAGCAAAGCGUCUUAUCUUUGAGGCCCAUACCCUCGUAGUCCAAGAGUUAAAAACUCGAGUUCAGAGGGGGGACUCUGGAGCACCUUCGACGCUCGCCACAGCCGAGAGGGAAGAGCGCAUCACAGAGCAGCGUGCAAGGAUCACGGGCCUUUUGCAUCGCGGAGUAGAAGAGCCUAGCCAUGCCUCUUUUGACUUGGUGUACGCCAUGCUGUCCUCAGAUUCCUUGACUUACUUGGGGCCAGACAGGUUCCCGACCAGACAGUCUGAACUUCAGGGCAAGAAGCCAGGGAAGGAGCUUACCAUAGACGGGAACAGCGUGACGGUGAGGGACAAGGUGCCUCAUCAAACCUGCACAACAGGGACUGAACUUGAGCUUACGCAGGCUCUGAGGCGGCGAGCCUUAGCAUUUGAUCUAGUCAAGUGCGCCAGUUAUGACACCAUGAAUCGGUAUCACUCGUCCUUGAUCCAUCGGUUGCAGGAGUUGCCACCUCCUACUUACGUGAAGAUUUCAGUGGCACAGGUGCUCAGGGCAGACAGGGCAGCUUUCACACGCAUUGCUGAAAGCCUUCCCUCGAUCAAGCGGCAGCCCGAUGGGACUUUGCCUUUGGAUCGAGCCCUUGAGAACGUUCUUCAGGAUCCCAGCAUCAGCUUCCACUUGUUGCCUUUGAAGGGUGGAGAAAUCGAUGAUAACAAGCGGAAAUGGACAGAUGAUGCCAAAAAGACUGAUGAGCCGACCAAGUGGAAAAAGAAUGGCAAAGGCAAAGGCAAGGGCAAAGGCAAGGAUCAGCCGGGAGUUAAAGGGGCCAAAUUCAUCAAAAUGCCGAAGCAGCUCGUCGGGAAAGCCAGCGAGACCAACGAAGGAAAGAGGCUGUGCUGGGCAUACAACAUUGAUGGGUGUCCCAAUGCUGCUGACGGUGAGGAGUUCGCCUCGACUGCACCGGAGCCUGAGUCUUAUCUUCAAAAAGUGAUGGCUAGGGUUAAAGGGGUCUCCUUGGAUGAAUGUCUCGUCUUAGAGGUCUCGCCGGGGUCGGGGCGGUUGACUGCAUGCCUCAAGCAGCGACAGCUUGAUAACAGUUUUUCCGUUGACAGAACAGCCGGCAAGUGCUGUGCACCGCGAAUUGUUGUUGACUUGUGUACAGAGUCGGGUCGCAAGCAGUUCCAGGAGAUUUUGACCGAAGAAAAUUUGAUGUAUGUUCAUUUUUAUCCGCCCUCUAAUACUACAAGCCGUGCCAGGUUGCGUCAAUUUGCAGGAGCCCCUGCAAUCCUGCGGAACGAAGCCCAUCCUGAUGGAGUUCCAGGGUUAGGGCUAACCGAUCGUACUAAAGUGAGUGAUGCCAAUGCUUACCUGCGUGCUGUGGCUGCAGCUUGCAAAACAUGUCACGAGCGCGGAGUGCUAUCUAGCGUCAGCAAUCCAGAGUCAAGUUUCGUGUGGGCUACCAAGCCUUUGCGACUUUUGCUUCAGGAAGUUCCUCUCUUCACAACGCACUUUCACCUUUGCAGCUUCGAUUCGCCAUUCAAGAAGGCUAUGCGAAUGCUGCACUCUCUACCAAAAUUCUUGGAGUUGCAUCGUCCAUGUGCCGGUGGACAUGUACAUAAGUUUUGGUCUAAGGGUGUGGGCUGUAAGUUCGACCGUGAUUUGGAUUUUCCUUGGGGUUUGUGCAAAGCUAUGUCACAGCUUCUGCAAGAUCAACUGCUUGACAUGGGGGCCAAGCCUCUGCCUACUGACUUGAGUCAGACAACAGCCACAGUUGCAGCGGCCAGAGCUGUGGCUGGAUGGCAAAGCAACAAGCGUGUCCUUCCUCUGGUUCCGGAGUUCAAGCAUGUUGUAAACGUCAGUGGCAGCUUCCCUGCUGCGUCUAUGCAUGGUCUUCAAGUAGGCUGCAAACUCCCUGCACCGUGGGAGGUACCUGCAUCUGCAAACGUUGACCCGUGCUUCGUGUCAUCUGUGCCACAAGGUUCCAAGGUCCUUCGCAUCCUCACGGUGCCGGGGGAAAGUUCAGAGGAUGCUUCAGACGACUUGAGUGCAGGCCAGGCUGACGGGCAAGACGACUCGCCGCCAGCCAGUCUUCUUCACCGUACAUGUUCGAACCUGCAUUCUCCGCCUGAGGAUGCUCACCCUGCUGAAAAGCUUGCCUGCAUCAUGUUACAGUGGAACACUCGCUUCAGCCAAGAGGAGAUGCAAACUCUCUUGGACAUGUUGCCGCAAAAACAUCAGACCAGAGCCAGGGGGAGCUGUGAUGACCAGUCCAAUCAGUUUCUGUGCGGAGCCUAUGCUCAUGGGCCCAUGACGGGCUGCAAAAACUUGACGCGGGAUAUGCCUUGGUGCACUGCCGUGCUUUGCAAGCAUGUUCGCGAUAAUGCUCCGGGUUUUUGCUUCUCUGCCGUGGGCUACCUGUGCAAUGUGCGAGCAGAAGCCCAUCGAGAUUUGCACAAUGAGCCAGGAACAAAAAACCUGGUCAUGGCAAUGCACGCUUGUGCUGGCGGUGGACUGUGGCUCGAGGAGGCAGGUGGACCUAUUGCAAUGGUCGUCGAGAAAACCCAACGUGCUGGGAGGUUUCACGACUUGGCAGUUGGGAGACCCUUUAUCUUUGAACCGAAGCGUUGGCAUGCUACUCAACCGUGGCGAGGUGACAGAGGAGUAAUCGUUGCAUACACCCCAGUGGGAGUGACCAAACUUGCGACUGCCGACAAAGGGUUCUUAGAAAAAUUGGGUUUCCCCUUAGGCCCUUCUUCUGGUUCUAGCGAUGUGCCUCCCAGGGUCGCAAAAGUACAAAAAGGAAGUAUCACUUUCGGUGUGUACCAUGAACCGGAGGAGUUCGUGGCGAGGGCGUUGAGCGUGCAACAUCCGUGUCACUUGGAAAGCCUUUUGCCAUCGGAGCUUGUCGAGGCCAUACGGGCAAAUCAUUCCAAAGAUGUCGCUACGCUUGGGCGCGAGCGAACUGAGAUGCUCAAGAAAUGGCUUGCUCGCGCUGAGGAGCUGGAAACUGCCGAAAGUCAGUUCAAGGGAUCCUUCAGCUCCCAUCGACGUCAAGUGUUGUGCAACAAGCGGCUGCUCUUGAUGAAGGAAAUGCUUGACAGUGUGGGACACGAGGACGAGGACUUGAUCUCUGAUCUGUCAAACGGUUUUGACUUAACCGGACCCUUGCCCCGAUCUAAUGCCUUCAAGAAUAAGUACCGCCCGGCAGCCAUGGCCGAGGAAACGCUUAGGAAAAGUGCGGGUUUAGUUAGGGGUCAGGUUUUGGCUUCGGUUAAAAGUUCUGGGGACGAGAUCGUGGAUCAAGGCGUGCUGGCAGCCACGGAGAAGGAGUUGGCCAAAGGCUUCAUUGAGGGGCCGGUGAGUGCUAGCGACAUCCCUAGUGAUGGGACGGUCACGCAUCGCUUUGGAGUGAUUCAAGGAGAGACCGAGGAAGGUCCCAAAGUUAGACCAAUCGAUAAUUACUUGAGUUCGCUUGUAAAUUCGGUUGUAUCCCAAAGUGAACAAGUGCCCGUUCACACGUUGGACGUAGUUGCUGGCAUGUUGGCGAUGUGGUUGCACUUGUCUCCUUUGAAGUCCUUGCGUGCGGGACUGGUGUGCAAAUGUUGGGACCUCAGUGCCGCGUACAAGCAACUGCCGCUCAGUGACAAAAGUUUCGAAAAGGAUAGCUUUUUCGUAAUCUUCUGCCCCCGCACACGCAAGCACGUCAUCUACAAGCAGCGGGUCAUGCCCUUCGGGGCAAAAGCCUCAGUGACUGCCUUUAUCCGUUGUGCAUUCGGGAUUUGGCGGUUGGGGGUAAAAAUUUUUGCCUUGGUCUGGAGUUUUUAUUUUGACGAUUUCCUAUCGGCCUGCAAGCCUGAGGAGCGCCGACAUGUGGAAGUCGUUAUCAGCACUUUGUUUCGGCUACUAGGUUGGGAUCUUUCACUAGAUAAACUUUUGCCUUACGACGUGUGCUGUAAAGUUCUUGGAAUCAAGAUUGACAUGGCUGAAGCUCGCCUGGGGCUCUUCAAGCUGGCGAACACCGAAAAGCGUGUGCUGGAGUUGACUGCUGCCUUGGACGAGGUAUUGUUGGCUGGCAGGUUGUCGCAUUCUGACUGCGAGAGACUUCGAGGUAGGCUGCAGUUUGCUUCUGGCCAGUUGUUCGGUCGAAGAGCGAAGGUUGCUCUGCAUCAGCUUAGCCGGCAUCAUGGAGGUCGGUUCUGCGAGGUCACUUCCGAGGCGUGUCGCUUCUUGAGGCGUUUGGUUUCGUCAAACCAAAGCCGCUUGACUAGUCGGCAACUGGGCAAUGUCGUGCAUGUGUAUGUGGAUGCAUCCUUCAGCGAUGAGGGCAAGCUUUGUGGCAUCGGGGGCAUGGCAUAUGACCAUAAAGGCUCCUUGCUCCAAUGGUUCGGUGAAAACCUUGAUGCUUCGCUUGUUUCUCAAGUCAUGACGUCCUUUGAGCGUGUCAAAGAGACUGUCAUCUUUGAGCUGGAGGCUUUGGCGGUAUAUGUUGCGCUGAAGUUCUUCUUCAAAGCUCUUAAGGGCAAGAAUGUGGUUGUGUUCACUGACAACGAAGGUGUUCACGGCGCCUUCGUGAAGUGCUGGACAGUGAGUCAGUUUGCAUCGCAUGUCAUCGAUGCGGUAUGUGAGAUUGAGGAAAACCUUGGCUUUAUGAUUUGGUACGACCGAGUUCCCUCUGUAAGUAAUCCUUCGGAUCCGCUUUCGAGAGGAGUGUGGAACCUGCCGACACCCGUGCGUGUUAGGCCUGCGGCAAAGUUCUUUGAAAGCUUUCUUGAGGAGUCGAAGUCACGACUGAAGUGA